AAUGUCGCUUUGACCCCACUUCGCCACGUGCCACUUCACUUGGCUUCCUCGCAAAUAUCUUCUUGGCAUCUCUCUGCGUUCUGCUUUACUCUUUGUCAUCAAAUAGAGGGAUAGACUGCUCUGCUUUUGUGUUCCUCAUUCUUUUCUACUGGUAUAUCACCUUCCGUGUACCAUGAAGGUUACCAAGGGCAAAGGGGUAUUGAAGAAGGAAAGAAAGGAAGUAUUGAAGCCUGUUGAGGACAGAACGCUAGGAAAGCGAAAGGCUGCACUGAAGGCUGUUAAGAGUAGCAACAAACGAACCAAGAAUGCUAUACCAGCUAAGAAAGACCCCAACAAACCAAAGAGGCCUCCUAGUGCUUUCUUUGUUUUCCUAGAAGAGUUCAGGAAGGUUUACAAACAAGAGCAUCCCAACAUAAAAGCUGUCUCGGCUGUGGGGAAAGCUGGGGGAGAGAAGUGGAAAUCCUUGACUGAUUCAGAAAAAGCUCCAUAUGAAGCAAAAGCAGCAAAAAGGAAAUCAGAGUAUGAAAAGCUUAUGAUAGCCUACAACAAGAAACAGGAAAGUACUGAUGAUGACGAUGAUGGUGAAGAAGAAGAAGAACAGGAGUCUGAAAAGUCAAAACCUGAGUUGCAUGAUGAUUAUGAAGAGGAAGAGGAGGAAGAUGAAGAAGAUGAUGAGGACGAGGAUUGAAAUUGAUGGUACUGUUUUAAGAUUUAAGUUCCAUAUGGUUUAUGGGGCCGAAAUUCUGGAGUUUGUAUGAUCAUAAUGCGUGUAACUAGUCUUCUAAUUGCAGAGUUUCAACUCUUGGUUUACUAUUAAUAGUUGUGUAAGGUUGCUCGUCUAUACCUUCUAUUUAAAUAAAACAUAAUCUUGUACAACCAAA